AUCACAAACAAAGGAAUGCCAUCAGCUUGGAUUGGAUUUCACCAGAGUCAACCUACUCAUUUUCAAGAAGACCUCACAAAUUAUGUAGCUGGCCCUGCCAGUGGUGAUACGGCACUCUCCUUGUCAGGAACCCAGGUUCCUUCUAUCCUGUUACUCCAUGAUUUGUGGCCUCUGCUAUAUUGGUCCAAGAUGCAGCAUCUAUUUCACAGCACACAUGAUGGCAAAACAGAUGAAGGCAAAGAGAACAUAUGCCUUCUCUUUUGAAAUAUCAUCCGGUGUUCAAGAUGUCGAAGCAAGGACGUGGUGGGUCCUCUGGUGCGAAAUUCCGGAUUUCCUUGGGUCUUCCGGUUGGAGCCGUGAUCAACUGUGCUGACGACACAGGAGCCAAAAAUCUGUAUAUAAUCUCUGUGAAGGGGAUCAAUGGACGACUGAAUAGACUUCCUGCUGCUGGUGUGGGUGACAUGGUGAUGAUGGCCACAGUCAAGAAAGGCAAACCAGAGCUCAGAAAGAAGGUACAUCCAGUAGUGGUAAUUCGACAACGAAAGUCAUACCGGAGAAAAGGUGGUGUGUUUCUUUAUUUUGAAGAUAACGCAGGGGUCAUAGUAAACAGUAAAGGCGAGAUGAAAGGUUCUGCCAUCACAGGACCAGUUGCAAAGGAAUGUGCAGACUUGUGGCCCAGGAUUGCAUCCAAUGCUGGCAGCACUGCAUGAUUCUUCAGUGUAUUUUUAAAAGAAAAAAAUGAUAAAA